AUCUUUCCACCUUUCUCCGGAUAUUUUCCAGGAUCUUGGAGGCCAGACUUCCCAGAUAUCCUGUCCAAUCAGAGCUCUGACAAAGUAAAACUCAGUUGCUACGUCUUCAUACAAAACUAUGUGUCUGUUAAGAAGUUAUGAGCUGGGAAGAUGUCGCUGCUAAAGAGCUUGAGGUGAGUUUUUUCCUAACUUGGACGGGUUUCUUGAAUCAUCGAAUAUAAUGUUUCCGGGUGGUUGGACGUGACCGGAGCCGGACGGGACGGUAUUGGGGGGGGGGGGAUUAAACCCAACUUUAUCGCCUCUGUUUCGCUUGAAUGUUGUCAGACUCUGCUGGAUGUCUUGACUGAUAUAGCUCUGGCUACCACUGGGGAUCCGUGAAAUACAUGCCACGCAGGCACGUAACUUCCUCAAAGUUUGCACAGAAGUGCCCCAUUUCAAGAAUGACACUUUGGCACAUGUAGGCUUGCUUGUUUUUAACACCUGAAAAUGAUGAAGGUUAGAAGAUACCUGCGGGGCCGUGGGAGGGUGCUCGCCUUCGUGUUUGUUGCUUCUGUCAUUUGGCUGCUGUUUGACAUGGCAGCUCUGCGCCUGUCCAUAAACGACGUGAACAGCCAGCUGCUGAGGGAGAGGGUGAUCAGAGAGAAGGAGAUCAUGAUGAUGAAGAAACAGCAGCAGCAGGUUGGAGUCACACAGCCAAAGAGGAGGGGGUUCAGGCACCCAGUUCAGAAGGUGACCCAUGCUGGGAAAAUACAGCAGAGCCCCAGUAUCAAACUGGACCAAAUCUAUAGACAUAAACUGGAUCCAAAGUUGGAGUUCAAGCAAUCUAAUCAGAGAGACGGAGGUCAUUAUCUCAGAAGUGACGGCUCUAAGUCUGCUUCAUCUAACCAAAACAACGGAGGAAGCCUUCUUAAGAAGAAGGCAGUGAACUUGGAUUUGAAUGUAGCAGUGGUCAGUGAAACUCAAGUGCAACCAGUUGUAAGAACAAGCAAACCAGUUUUAAAGAAAGAGCUUGAUGAAGCUGCCCAGUUUGCACACUAUCCUUUUGACAAAGACUCAAAGACUGAUAGAAAAGUUGAGGAGGAUCUUGUUAAGAGUGGAGUAAACGUGAGUCAGCCUAAGGCAGAGGAGGCACACCCUGUUAAGACAAUAUCUCAGCAAACACACGUCGAGGAUGCAAACAAAAAGGAAAUGGUGAAACAGUUUUCGAAGCCUUAUAUCAACCUCCAAGCAGGAUAUAACUCCAGUGCUGUCAGAAAGCCAGGUGUCCACAAAGUGCUUUCUCUGGACAUGACCCAUGCUCCCAGAGAUCCCAAUGCCGUCGGCCAGUUUGGCCUGGCAGAGAUUCUUCCUGGCAGCAAAGACGCAGACGUGAUGAAGAGAUGGAACGAGGGCCAUUUCAACGUCUACCUCAGCGACCAGAUCCCAGUGGACCGUGCUGUUCCUGACACCAGGCCAGAAACAUGUGCACAGGAUCUAGUCCAUAACAGUUUGCCCACCACCACUGUGAUAUUCUGCUUUGUGGACGAGGUGUGGUCCACACUCCUUCGCUCUGUGCACAGUGUUCUCAACAGAUCUCCACCACAACUCCUCAUGGAGAUUAUUCUGGUGGAUGAUGCCAGUACUAAGGACUAUCUGAAGGAGCAGUUGGAUGAGUACAUGUCACAGUUUCCCAAAGUGCGAAUCAUUCGUCUCAAGGAGCGUCAGGGCCUGAUCCGAGCGAGACUAGCUGGAGCUGCUGUCGCCAAAGGGGAAGUUCUUACCUUUCUCGACUCACAUAUUGAAUGUAAUGUGGGCUGGUUGGAGCCGCUUUUGGAGAGGAUCUAUUUGGAUCGCAAGAAAGUGCCUUGUCCAGUUAUCGAAGUCAUCAGUGAUAAGGACAUGAGCUACAUGCUUGUCGACAACUUCCAAAGAGGGAUUUUUAAAUGGCCUAUGGUGUUUGGCUGGAGCCCAGUACCAGAGGACGUCAUUAAGAAGAACAACAUGAAAGUUACAGAUCCAAUCAGGUGUCCAGUUAUGGCAGGUGGCCUUUUUUCCAUUGACAAAAAAUACUUCUUUGAGCUUGGCGCCUAUGAUCCUGGUCUGGAUGUGUGGGGUGGAGAGAACAUGGAGAUUUCAUUUAAGAUCUGGAUGUGCGGAGGAGAGAUCGAGAUCAUCCCCUGCUCUCGCGUGGGACACAUUUUCCGAGGACAGAAUCCCUACAAAUUUCCAAAGGACAGGCAGAAGACAGUGGAGCGCAACCUGGCAAGGGUGGCUGAGGUUUGGCUGGACGAGUACAAAGACGUUUUUUAUGGCCAUGGGUACCAGCACCUGCUGGAUAAAAAGGUCAUUGACAUUGGCAACCUAACAGAACAGAUUGAGCUGAGGAAGAGACUCAAAUGCAAGAGCUUCAAGUGGUACCUGGACAACGUGUUUCCGGACAUGCAUACUCCUGCAAUCAAAGCUGAGGGCCUGGUCUUCAAUCAGGGCUUGAGAAAAUGCCUUGCGCUGCAGAAAGACUCUUUGUCCUUUGAGAUCUGUGAUCUCAGCAAACAGAGUCAACAAUUUAAUUACACCUGGAUGAGGAACAUUCGACACCAGAACCUCUGUGUUGCAGCCCAAAGCACGGGCAGCGGCUUCGCAUUGCUGCCAUGUGACAACGCCAAACGUGAACUCCGCUGGUUCUACAAAACCUCCAACUCAGCUCUAACAGAGCAUCUCAUCUCGGAGUUUGUUUCCGACCACAUGUGCCUGGAAGCAGAACCUCGGGAUGACUCUGUUCGUCUCCGCCCGUGUCAACCCAGCAGCGUCUUCCAAAAGUGGGAGUUCACACAUCAUUACGUACGACAAUGAGCUUUAAAAUGCUCUAUGGAAACAUCUGGUGGCCUUACAGCGCAAACUGUGGUGCAGUUGCUACAACUGACUGACUUGAGGAAGAAGGAAGCAGUUCGGUGGAAGACAUUUGCAUAAAUAUCAAUCAGUUGGUGAGGGGGUUGUUUGUUAGCAGAUAAAAAUAAUAUUUAACUGCCUGAGAGUGUUUUCAAAAAAACUGGGAUUGAAAUUGAUAUCUGUGGAAAUGUCCCCAGUGGUUAAAUAGUGCCUCAGAUUUUGUUUCUUCAUGGACUGAAUAACAAGAGUGAAGAAUUUAUUGUUUUGUUAAAAAAAAAAAAAAUUUGUGUGUUUCAAGAUGUGGUGUAAUUUAUGUUGCUUAUAUGGGUUUAAAUGGUUUAUACUUGGACUUUUGAUUUGAUUAGAAAACACUACAUGGAAAGAUUUCUUUCUUUUAACACUAGGGGGAACUGUUGGUUCAGGCCCUCAAAUAAACCUGUGUUGUGAUUUUA